AGAUUCUUCUCUCUCUGACAGGCAGAGGGGUCUGACAGCAUUUCCAUGGAUUUAAAUGAACACAGAACUCUCUGUACUGUCAAGCUAUCACCACCUUCCAUUCAUCUUAAGUCCAUAACGUCAGUUUACUCGGUCUCCAUGGAGAGCUGCCCUCAGCAUGCCAUUUCUCAGCCUUGGAAAAAACACUAUCUACAUUGCAAUUUUUGGCUUUUGCGUAGUCAAGGUAACCAUGGAUACUAUGGCCAUUUUUCAUCAAAAGGAGACACCAACUGAGGGGAGAAAUAACGGGGGUCCAUUUAAGAUGACACGUACGGAUCCCCCUGACAUAUUAACAUCAACUUUGUAUCAAGACAUAAAAAUUGGCCCUAACUCUGGGCUCUCAAAGUAUUCUGGAUCCUCUAAGCAAUGUGAUUCCCAAAUGGUUGGCCCACUGGAUCAAAACUUCGAAACUAUUAACAAAAGACACUGCCGUAGCUUUGACUUCAUUGAGUCACUGGAUGACCCAAAGGACUUUUCCUUGUCCAUGGAGUAUCCUUACAGAUCUGAUCAGCAAACAGUAAGUAAGGAUGCAGUCUGGAAUGGCAUUGGACAGCAGGGACACUUACGUUUUUCCUCACCAGAUCUGUUCAACUCGAGACUCUCCCAUCAACAAAUCAGCAUAGACAAAAACAAUGAGGCAGCAAGGACUAGUGUUCAUGGUAAGCCUCGCUCAAAAAGUGCUCCGAGAGUUCGAGCCACCCUGACGCCUGUACCCAUCACAGUCUCUCCACCUGCAACCAUGAGGCGUCGGUCUCCAGUGGACCCCCAGAAGAGAUCUGAUGGUCUGCCAAAUCGAGAAGCCUCUCAUUUAAACAGGGCUUUAGUUAAUGAAGUUCAUCCAAUCAAGUUACAACCCCACGCACCCCUCUAUGUUUCUGAUUGCUUCGAGGAGAGCAGACAGGAGAAACAAUCUAACACUCCCCAUGUAAGGUGCCGUGUUGAUAUUAAGCCAGAUGCCUCAGUUCUCCAGCAUACUGCACGGAAGAUGCCUACUCACAGAAGUAAUGUUCCCUGGCAGCUUUCCUCAACAUCAGGGAUUAGGAACGUCUCUUUUCCAAGUCAGACUUCCACCUCUAGAACACCUACUCCUAGUGAGUGUUACAACAUGGAAUAUAGGCAAGCAUAUCAAUAUCCCAACAGCUUGUCCGGUAGUUACAUUCAAUCUGGAGAGAUCCCUUUUGGAAGGACUUCUCCUAGAGACCCAAGGGAGUACAGGACCUUGUCUAAUCCUAACAUCCCAACCAAGUUCUUCUACACGGACGAUCCCUGCAGGUAUCCAGUUCAACCACCAAGUAGGACAUAUUAUCAGGAUGACCAGUACAGUAUUAACAGCAGCAACAGCCAAAAUCCCUCCGUCAGUAGUCAGUAUGUACUUGACCCAAGGACUCGCUGGGUUCAUACUUUGCCUGUGCGUUCGUACUAUGCAGAUUCCCAUCGUGAACCCUUGGAUCCAUUUUAUGGUAGACCAUAUUCAGUGAGUGAGCCAGGACCAUACUUCAUAUCUACUCCUCAGAGUGAAACAUACUUUCAGGAGGAUCCAAGAGCAUAUGCUUUUCCCUCUGACCCCUCAAAGAUGUUCUAUACACGGCCUUGCCAUUACCCAGCAGAAUUAAACAUUCCUAUGAGAGCAUAUCAUACAGAGGGACGACGGCGGCCGCGUAUGUCCCAGGUCUUUUCAGAUGACUGGCACCGGUCAAGCAUUGCUACAUAUUCCAGUCAGUACGCAUCCUCACAGGCCACUCCUCAGCGAGUGCCAUCGAUAAGCCCGUGGUAUCCCAAUGACUUUACAGAGCCAAGUCGUUUAGGAGCAGAUGUCCGAAACUACUCAAAAUCCUGGGACAACAUUCUCAUCCCUCAUAUGGACAGAGAACAUGGUGUUUCAAGAGGCAGGAGUUACGAGAACCUUCUCCAUCAAGGAAGACCAGGAGUUCCUUCGAAUAAUAGCCAACAACCGGUUAUUGUAAACCUUUCUAGUUCGCCGAGACGUUACGCUGCCUUAUCUCUCUCUGAAAACUGUCUAGAAAAAUGUGCUGGUGACAGACAAAACAGUGCAAGGGGGCAAUGGUUUGUAACCCCAGAGAUUACAAUUACUGACAAUGACAUCCGUGCAGCAAAGAGCAACAAGAGAGAUGGGGGAACUAGCAGCUGGAAUACCCAAAAUACAGGCCGAUGUCAAACAGCAAACUUGCAUAAUUUACAGAGACCAGCAAACCCACCAGAAUCCACAGAGAGGAAGAACAAUAAUUACUCCCUGCAGCAAAGCCUCGAACAGCUUGAUGAGCUGCUAGCCGACCUAGUCAUUGAUUACAAACCUCAAAAUAGCAGGAGACCAAGCAAGGAUCUGAUAGACCAACUCAAACAAUUGAUUCAAGAUGACGAGACCAAAGAAGGGAAGAGGGAUAUAGAUCAAGAGGAUUCAGGACUUUUGAACACACAAUCAGACUCUUCAAAGACCAGCCCAGACACAUUUAAAGACCAUGACAGUGGUUGCGAGGGUUUUCAGCGGAGUGUUGAGGACAUUGCUUUGAACAACAUUGCAGUCGAAGAUGACGCUAUGGUGUGCUCCAACAGGAAAUGCUUACGCAAAGACACAACAUUCAAUGCUUGCUUGUACUUCAAGUCCUGCCACAGCUGUUAUACCUACUACUGUUCAAGAAACUGUAGGCGAGACGACUGGGACACGCAUAAAGAGAGCUGUCUUUAUGGCCGCAUUAGUAGUGUUUGUAGGCACAUACUAAAACACUGUAGAGAGAACUCUGACGUUCAUAAAGCUUUUUCACGCAUUGCUAGGGUAGGGUACCUGUCCCGCGGGAGAGGAGUUCUGUUCCUGGGUUUUCCAAACCCCGGGUGUGCAGAUAACUUUCUUCAAGUUGGUCUUGACAGCCUUACCAUCUCUCCAACAUAUCUGUCCCUUCGAGAGUUAGACAGUUUCAAAGACAACCUUGGGCAAUACUGCAAAGAGUUGCAGAAUGCAGGCAAGGAGUAUGACCCCACUGAAUGUUUCCUCCUGAAUGUAUCCAUUGCUGUUGGAGACCUAGUGCCUAAACUCCCUUCACCCAAAUUACAAACGCCAACAGUUCGCAAGUAUGCCAAGGUCUCAUUAGCCUCCUCAAGCCCAGAUAAGAAAAUCUUUAAGAAAGAAUGUGAAAUGGAGACUCUGAUUCUCACCCCUCCUCCUGGGACAUCUGACAUCGACAAGGAUGGCCAAGAGGGCAGGAAAGCAAGAGAGAUUUGUUUCAUUAACAUCCAAAGGGAGCUUCGUACCAGAGGUGUAUUCCUUCGCCACGAGUUCCCACAAAUAUACAACCAGCUUUGUGAGUUUGUGGAGAGCAACAAAAGGUUCACCCCCACCACAAUUUAUCCCAUUGAUAAGAGAACCGGAAAGCAGUUCAUGUGUAUGAUCAUGGCAGCGUCUGAACCAAGGAUGCUCGAUUGGGUUGGUGCACCACACCUUCUAGAUGACAUUAUAUAAUCCUAUGCAUCCAGUAUUAUGAAGCUUUUGCUGUAUAAAAUAAGACUUAAAUGACUAAUGUUUUUAGAUAUGUAUUUUAAUAGUGAGACUAUAUUUGCUGUUUUUCUGUAUGGCACUAAAACUAGAAUUAAUACGAGUUGCUUAUGGGAUAAAAAGCUAUGUACAGUAUUUAUUAGAAGAUGUAUGAGGUUAUGUUUUGUCUUAAAAUCUGUUUCCUUUUAGCAACUACUAUAUAUUUCAUUGGCCCAAACAGAAUCAGAAGGGUUUUUUUUAUUAUUAUUAUUAUUUUGCAUUUUCUGCACGUACAUUUGGGGCAAAUCUUUUUGCAGAAUGGAUUUAAAUCUGUUAAAUAGAGCUAAGAGUUUGUAUACUCUUAUAAGCAAAGCUCAAAUUAGCCAAAAUAUUUAAUAAACACACAAGGGGUGGGGGGAUGUGCAGAACUUUGUGAAUGACAGGUGUUCCAAUUCUGUGGAAAUUGUUGAACUUUCUGUGGAUUAUGUGUGGGCCUGCUUAUGACUGUAUUUCUUGUGCUAGUCUGCUGCAAUGAGGAUAUAACAACUAGGAUUUCAUUGGAUAACCUCUGGAGAAAGUCUUUUUUUCUCUUGCAAUACAAUAAUGUCUAAAAAUCAUUGUCUUUCGCCCCUUGAGAGGAUAAAAAUGCACUUGCAUGGAGACUGCAUGCUGGCAAGGAAAAUGCAUAUUCACUUUACAUUUUGUGAUGAUUUAUAAUUUCUUUAAAAUAAAUUACACUAUGGCAGACAAGAACAUAUGUCAGGUACAUUUUUACAGACAGUCAAAUAAACUGCUUGGAAGAUUUUACUGUAUUGUACAUGGCAACUGCUUUCUGUAUUGUAUUUAUGGAGUACUAUAUCUAUUCACAUGGUUAAAUCAGCUGAAAUUGUUAACAACCUCUAACUUUACAUGACAGGAAAACAUUUAUCUUUGAGUUAUUCACAUUUCCAUUAUAUAAAAAUAAGAUUACUUGCUAAUUUAUUCAUCUGACAUGAAAGAUUAUUAAUUAUAUUCUGUUUUACAUUUUUCAUGGUAUUGUGAAGUUCUGAUAUUAUGAUGUUUCUAUUGAAACAUCCAUUGAAAUAUUGCUGUGUGAAAAAUAUAAACAUGUAUAUAAAAUAUGUUAUUCGUAUUUUAAUCAUUUAUAAUGACUGACAAAACUUAGAUGCCUAUAUUUGAAAUUGAAUAUUUCAAUAGAAAAUAUAAAAUUUGAAAAAGAUUUAAGCAGCGGUGUAUAACACCAUUGUAUGCAAGAUUGUUAGUUUUAGCACUUUAAUAAACUGCUGAGGGUACAAAAUAUUUAUAAACAGACCAUUUAGAUAAUGUAAUCAACAGCAUGCACACAACAAACCUUACAGUAAUUAAAAAUAGACAGUGUUACAGUGUUUAUUUCUGUUGCCAUUUUAUGCCAUGCAUUAUUUAUUUAUUUACACUGCUCAUUACCUGUUGUGUUCUGUUGAUGAGUGCUGCUUUAUUUCUGUAUUAUGGUCAAUAAAUGAAACACCCAAAAGUA